ACCUCCGUGCCCCUCAUCUUCUUCCUUCAUUCCCAUAUCCAAGGGACGCAUGGAGAUAUAUGUAAUGAUGUACAUCAACAUCAGCAUCAUCAUCUGAAGCAAAGUGAUUGUGAGUGGUGGAUCGUUAUGGAAGAUGAUUCAUCAUCAUCAAUAGGGGAUUCAAAAGGUUCCAAGGAGUCAUCAUCAUCUGCAUCAGACAUGGUGGAUGAUGCAUCAUCAUUACCUUCGUGUUCUUCAACCGAUUCAAACUCAGGACCAUUGUAUGAAUUAUCAGAGCUCAUGGCUGAAUUGCCAAUCAAGAGAGGGCUAUCCAAGUAUUUUCAAGGAAAAUCUCAAUCUUUUACAUCACUUUCAAGAGUGAAGAGCAUAAAAGACCUUGCAAAGAAAGAGACUCCUCUAAGGAAGAAAAUGAAGGCAUGUAAAAGUUAUGGUUUUGGGUUGGAUUCCCACAAGUUGUACACCCUACCUAGGGCUAAAAUAUCAAAGAAGGAAUCUAGGGGUUCCUUAUCUUUACAAGGGAGGAGAUCAGCAGUCUGUUUCCCAAGCAGCAGGUCGCCUCCAACUCCUGUACAGAAGAACUUUAGAUCUAUUAAUUCUUUAGGUUUGCAUAAUUAGUAACUGCUAACUUGGAUUCCUAGAGAUGCAUAUUAUGUAGAAUUUGAAUCUAUAUUUGAGUUUGCAACAAAAUUUACAGUUUGUUUAAUUUGAGUGAAAUAAAGGGGAAAGGAAUUU